UCUUUCUCCUCUAUGGUAAACACAGGUCCUUGCACCUUCUCCGUAGAUGUGUCUAACGCAGACAAUGGCGAUCCCCCGUCAGCCCUUGACUCCAGUACAUCAACGUUAAGUGAAUGUCAGACCAAAUGUAAUGACGUCACCAAAUGCGAGUACAUCGUGUACAGCGCCACAACGACGACGUGCUAUCUGUACGCUUCUAAACCCUACGGGGCACCACCAGAAACUGGAACAAGCACUGGUUACACCCGUGAAUGUUACACAGGUAUAAACGGAAACUACAAUAUCAAUCACGGGGCUAACAGUGGGAGAUUACCUGCCCUGACAGCCUGCGAGAAUGUGACAUUUUCAACUGCAGGUGAACGGGCAGAAACAACCGUUGUCACCAGGGCCCGAACCGAACCUCCGACCACAACCUCCGCACUAAGCACUGUACCCGCAUCAACAACGGCAACAAUGUCGCCAACAUCAAUCUCAACCUCAACAUCGACAUCCUCAUCAACGUCGUCAUCAACUCUGGAAUCGACAGCAAUCUCGGGGACAUCAAGAUUGCCUAUUGGAACCACGACAACAGAUGCCUUACGACAAGCUAUUACUAGUGCUGUUUUUAGAUCAACACAAUCCAAUCCAGCUUCGGCGACAGGCGCCACAACAGGACUGUCUACGAAUUCGGCGACAGGCGCCACCACAGGACGGUCUGCGAAUUCGGCGACAGGCGCCACAACAGGGCUGUCUACGAAUUCGGCGACAGGCGCCACCACAGGACGGUCUGCGAAUUCGGCGACAGGCGCCACCACCGAAUCAUCUGGAAACUCGAUGACAGGUUCCACCUCUGCACAAAACUCUAUAGAGAUGUGGCCCAACUCAACGCUCCCAUCUUCAGUAAACGCUCCGUUAAGUGAUUCGCCCAGCACCUGUUGCCAUUGUUUAAAGCCAGACAUGACUCCUGAGGAGAAGGGGGCGUUUACAGAAUCCAUUCUAGCCAGGCUGUCCCUUAACACCAGGACUACAUCUGCCCAUGUGCGGACACUGACAAGUGCAUCGGAUUCCCGCAUAUCGGCCACAGCCGUGGGGUGUACGGGACUGGUCUUCCUGACCAUAGUCUUCGGAGGUAUUGUGCUUCUGGACCUCGGCAGGCUAGUUAGCGACUUAAAAAUGUUCAAGAACAACCUAAAGGAACUGCUGCAUUCCAAAUAG